CACAGCGAAGGUAGCCAUGUUGAUUUCAAGCACGUUGUUAACUUGAAAGCCCAAAAAAUUUUACAAAUUCACCACCAUUUCUGUGAGAAUGUCUUAUCGUCCACCACCUCAGCAACUGGUAGGCCAUCCUACAGCAGGGAUGCGUCAUCAUUCAGGCGGAAUGCCACCAGGAAUGCCACCACCGGGCAAUUUACCGACGGGGCUGCCUCCACCGCCGCCAUUUCCUGGGCCUCCGGGCUUCCCUCCACCUCCUAUUCCUCCGCCUGGCGCUCCAGGUAAACGAACAAAAGAUAUGCAGAGAGUUGAGGAACGCUGAUGUAGCUUUUAAGAAAGGUUUCGGAUGUGAUGUGAUGUGAUGUAAAAGCCAAGGAGGACUAGAUAAGUUUUGCUACUGGAGUCUUGUUCUCUAAAAUUUAAUUUCGAAAUCGUACAUUCAGUGUCUGACAUUUGCCACGGAAAUUCCAUUGGGUAAGAUUUCCUUAUAACCCCAUACAUUUGAUAUGCAUGCAGGAAUUUCAUUCUUUUUCUCGCCAGUAGUUUGUGAGUAGAGUUGAAAUAUGUAUGCGUAAUAAAUGUAUGGGGUCAUACCAAAAUCUUUCCUUCUAUUGACUACCAUGGACAAUGGGCAACAAGUCCUGAGUCCUGCUUUCAUGAUGGAAGCACGACUGUUUUACCAAAAUGGCCUAGGUAGCUUUCUGACAGACUUGCAAUGUGGUGUCAAGUACAUGUGUACUUUGGAAAUGCCAAACACCAUCUUGCAAAUGACUUUUUACAAGACUGUUAGUAUGUUCAGCAUGUAAGGAAUAUAAGUGCGUUUGCCUGCUACUUUCCAAGUUUGUCCUGCGGUUGUUUUCUUUCCAAAUUCUAUUCAUACUAGAUAACUCACACAUUUAGACAUUCAUCUAAAACUUAACUUGGGUUUUUGAAGGAAAUUUCUGUUAGAUGGCAUCAAAGUUCAGGAAAUUUUGUGGUAAACUGGGGGUAAUUUGGGUCUCGAAAACUAAGAGCACGUAAGACCUUGAAACAAUGGUGUAAAAUGGUGCAAAAACAGCCUCUCACAAGUUGCUUCUCUAACCAAAGAUCAAGGUAAAAAAGUCAAACUGGGUCCAUUUUAGCCAUUUUUUAGUCUGUCCUGUUACUGUUUUUUCCUUUGGCUGCAUUUAAACAUGAAAGGGGUACACUACCCUUAAAGGUAUUGAUUUAUUUUAUUUAUAUAAACUACAUUCACGUUGUGUAACAAUACUAACAUCAAUGUGAUGUUGUUAAAAUAGGAUGUAGCUUUUAUCGUCUACAUGCUAUAAGAGUCUUGUAACCAAGAUGCAGAUCAUGUAGUGCACAAGGAGAAUUGUGUAACCUAUGAUGAGAUAUAUGUCUGGUGAAAGGGUGGUAUCUUACUUUUGAUUGGUACUGUAUUACGUUGCUAAUGUGCAGUAUUGUUAUCUUGUGCAGUUCCUCCUCCUUCAUUACAAACGAAACCUCCAAUUUCUGUUCCAGGAGUCCCUCCCUUGAAUGUGGUAAGUUUACAUGCACACAUGUGGUUUUUGUUUUCCACAUUCCUACCCGCUGGUAAGAUCUCUAUUCAUGAAAAAUCCCAGAUUUCAUUUCCUAAAAUUCUAAAUCACACUCACUGCCAAGCAUUAUACUAUAACGUAAAAUUUGUUUUUUUUUCUGAACUGAUCUCAGGAGGAACAUAGUCAAUACAUGUGUGGAAUUCCAUCAAAGAAAUGCACCCUGUCACUGUGCCAUGUAGCAAAAGUUAAUCCCAGUCUUUAAUAGAUUUCAGUAGAGAGUUUUGAAGGAGAGUUAAAUAUAUAUAUAUAUAUAUAUAUAUAAGAGGUUUGAACCCUGUCACUGUGCCACCAUCAGGGGAUUUUAAUGAGAAUAACUUUACCAUUACUUAUAUACUAGACUGAUUUACAUAAUUUAUUCAGUGGAAAAGUUAAUCCCAGUCUUUAAUAGAUUUCAGUAGAGAGUUUUGAAGGAGAGUUAAAUAUAUAUAUAUAUAUAUAUAUAUAUGUAUAUGUAUAUAUAUACAGCACUGUAUGUACACAGUAGUGGUGAUUACAUCAGCAUGGUUCCUAAUUUUCGAGGAGUUUUCACAACCUGCUUUGGUAGAGUGACAUGUUACUCUAUGUGAAUUACUGUAGUACACAUAGAGACAACAACCAGCCCUUUUUGUAUCUGCUGAGAUAUGCUUGUCUUGGAGAGAGGUCUGGAGAGAGUCAAAGAAUAUGAUUAAAGAACCACAGUGACCAAUAGGGCUACGCUGUACAUUUUGGGGGAGUUGUUUGUCUUAAAGAGGCUAAGAGGGUGUUGAAUGUAUUGUAUCCAUUGUAAUUUGGAAAGUUUAAAAACAUUCCUGCCUCUGCUCCUUGAUUGGAAUGACAGCCUUUCAUGUCUAAUGUAAAUCUUGAUCAAGUCAUUCUGGUAUAACUAUCAAUGAUGAAAACUGUUCACUUUGAUUUGAAUCUUGUUUAGCCUCCAGGUAUGCCAUUGCUUCCCACACCAGCAGUUCCUCCAUCACGGCCUCCAUACAGAUCAGAAAAUAAGCACAAUAAUAAUUAUCAGGUUAGCUUACCUUUUGCAGGAUUUGUUUUUAUCUUUUACCUAUGGGCUAUGAUAAUACAUAAAUAUACUGUUACAAAACAUAUAGGUCUGUGUUUUCCCAUCAGUAUUUCAAUGAUUACAAAAUAGCUUAAUAACCACACCAGCAGCCUGACCAUUGAACUAUUGAUGGAAGGAAAAAAAGAUACAAGUAUUUUUGAAGCCCUUAAGGACAUAUGAAAAGUUGAAUUAGAAACCCUUUUUCUUAUUCACGUACAUUCAUUAUUUUCCCUUAUCAUAUGUAAAAGGGAAUUUUUUUUAUUAACCCCUUGCCUACCAGAGCCAAAUACACCCAGCUACUGGUGACCUUUUUCAACGACUGGAGUUCAUUUGUUCAAGGCAACUCAAACGACCAGACUUUUGGUGAUUUCAUUUGUCUGAAGACGCAUAUAUUCAUCCUGGUUUGCUGAUUGUAUCUGUUGUGGUUCAAUUUUAUCCUUGGUUCAAAUUUUAUUUUCUUUUGUUUCAAACUCAUUAUCAUGUAAUUAAUCAUACAUUACCAUACCCAAAAACAAAAGAAAAUAAGAUUUAAACCAAGGAUAAAAUUGAAUGACAACAUAUAUACAUAUAAUUUAUGUCCUCGGUAGACAAGGGGUUAAACUGUGUCUUUCUUUCAGAAUCAACAUCAAGAAAAAUCAUCCACAACAAUAACAGUGUUUGUAGGUAACAUAACUGAAAAAGCCUCUGAUGCACUUGUUAGGCAGAUCUUAACGGUAUGUACAUGUACACAUCUCCUUUAUAUGUACAUAUUUUAUUGUAUGAAAUUGUGAUUUAUCCUGAACUUCAUGUUAAGAAAUAAUCGUUACUGAUUAUCUAAGUUUGUUUUCUUUUAUGAGAGCAGAAGUGUGGUCUUGUGGUGAACUGGAAGCGUGUGCAGGGGGCCAAGGGAAAAUUACAAGGUAUACCGGUAGUAUUGUGAAUGGAUCAGUAUUAUUUUUAUGCACAGCUGACCCCUUGAAAUCGGCAAAAAAUUAGUGAACUUAAGCAACAGGACGGAAGAGGAGAGAACAUGGCAAACCUUGUGUGACAAGCGUGACAAUAAUUUCUGCCAAACUUCGCCUUUCUUUAAACAGAUCUUUUUGUAAAAGACCAGAAAAGAUUAAUGGUAAGUGAAGAUCAGGACAAAACUCACGAGUGAUAGCCCUGUCAUGUUUGUCACACACAAGUGUUUUGCCGUCCUCUCUUUCCUGCCGUCUGGUUGUGGGAACAUACUAUUAUGGGCCAGGGGCCAGGGAUUUUCCCUGAAUACUGUGGGUGUGAUCCCCAGCUACUUUUAUAGCAAACAAUAGGAAAUUAUUAAUAGAACCUAAAGAACUUCCUACAGUGUAGCUGUUCAGUUACCUGGCUACUAAUAAUUAUUGCAGACACCUGCCAGUGAUUCUUUGUGCUCUGUUUUCAAAGUCGCAUCACUUGGCAACAGUUUUUAAAGUUAAACAGCACGUUACGGACCACUUUACAUGUAUUUUGGUGUGAGCCUCUAAGAAUUAAUGGAAACUGGCCCAACUGGACUUGUGAACAGAUUGUUUAUGUAAUACUCGUACUACUACUACUACUACUAAUGAUAAUAUUUAUUACUUGGUAUUGUGCAAAUUAACUAUAUCAAAAUUAAUGAUCAAAUGCGCAUUACAAACUAGUAAAUUAAAACAGGAUAUUUUCUGUGAAAGGUUUGAACUAAGGAGUCAUUUCAAAAGUAGGUUGAGCUUGAUCGUCCGGGUGAACGUAGUCCUGAAUAGGACUGUUGUUGUUGACAGUGACUGACGUUUCAACAACCUGUAUGGUAGUCUUUGGAGUCAAAGUGAGUUGUACCUCAUCAGUUGAUGGUAUUUUACUCUGGUUAUUGAUCUGAUUGGUCAAUUACGUCGCGAUGUUAUUGGUUGUGUGUCAGUUAAGUCGUGAUGUUAUUGGCUAUGAAGACUCGUAAUCAGUAACGAGUCUUGUUAUUCAAAUUGUCAGUUCUUCAGUUGUUUUCUUGUAGUUAUGCUUAAUCUCGUCAAUAAGUCAUUUGUACAGUGCUGGUAGCUGUUGGCUAUGAUUCAGUGGCGUUUGUUCUAAGUUAGUAAACCAGCUUUCUAAAGUAUAAAGUCAUUGAUAGUAGUCUGUAGAAUACGUUAUACGUGUCACAGAGUCCCAAUCAAUUGAUGUUUCAUCUGUAAAUGGUGUUCAGCAAGGUGGUUGUUGACGUCACCAUUCCUCGUCACUCAUUUGUGUUCCGUCAGUCAUGUGCUAAGGUUUCUGCUGGUUUCACCAAUGUAAGAAGCCUUGCAGUCGCAGCAUUUGAUCUUGUAUGCUGCUCCCUGUCUGUCCUCCGGUUUGUCUUUGUCCUUGACAUUAGUACCGGUAAGCAGUCGUCGUAAAGUAGUUAUCGGUUUAUGUGCAACACGUAUAUUGUAAGGUUAUAAUAUAGGUGCGAUAGUUUCAGAGGUGCCUCUGAUGUACAGUAUAGUCGCUGUUGUUACAGGGCCAGAGUUGACGUUGGUCUGAGUGUUGGAAUCAGUGUUGCUGUGAGUGUUCUGUCUAACAAAGUCCGUGUUGUAAUAAUUACAACACAGACUAAAAAUGUUGUUAAGAUAAUCAGUCUCGUCUUGUAGGCUGUCAGGUGAGUUGCAAACUAGUUGCGCUCGUGUCGUGAAAGUCCGGAUAGUAGUAGCCUUGUGAGCCGUUGGGUCAUUUUCUGUAAAUGACCCCUUACUUACUUAUUUACACAUAACUUAUUAAAAAAUUAUUAUAACUCAAAGAAAUUGUAUUUGUUUCAAAUUAAUAAAAUAGAAAAAAUAAAAGAGAGUAAAAUUUACAUACAUCUGUACAUCUAUGUUUAGUUAAAAAUUGUACACAAGUUUAAAUAAGUUUCUUUAAAGUAUAAUAAUUGUCCUAUUUCCUAGUGUCCUUUGGUAUGUAAUAAGUGAAUUUUAAGUAAGGGAAGUCAAUUGUGUCAGUUUAACCCUUUAAGCCCCAGUGUCCAGAUUCAAAUUCUCCAAACUGAUCUCUAUGCUUUUGUAAAAGAAUUAGUUGAGAGAAUUUCAUAAAAGAUCAAGGCAUUUUCUCUUAGGUGAUCAUUUUAUCAAUUCUCAUAACCUAAUCUCUUGACAAUGUAUGGAUGUUCCUAGGAGACAAUUAAUGUUGGUCACCAUUGGGACUUAAAGGGUUAAGGAGGUUACAGGUCUGAGAAGCAGUACUUGAGCUAUCAGGUUUCCAACACUAUUUUUUUUUAAUGAAAUGUUUAAAUAAUGUUAACUGCAGUUAUUUAAACUGGUUUUCUCACAGCUUUUGGAUUUUGUGAUUAUGGUGACCCUGAGGCAGGCUUACGAGCCAUAAGAUUACUUCAUGGAAAGGAGUUAGGAGAUAAAGCUUUAGUUGUAAGUAUAAUAACUGUACUUGAAGCUAGUUAAUUAUAAUGUUAUCAAUUAUUAUAACUUCUUUGGUCUACGUGUUUCCUACAUGUACUACAGUACAAAGAUGCUAAGGUUUCUUUCAAUUUUUUGUUUUUAAAUGAUUUUGUAUGUUUCGAGAAGAUAAAAAUAAUAUUGUAACAGAACAGAGAGAAGUCGUUAUGUCACGUUCCCAUGGUAGCAAAAUUUUUGGAUGACAACAAAUUUUUAAUUAUUUUGUCAAAUCUUGGCGAAAUUUUCUGGAUUUAAUCCAACAGGACGGUAUCAGAGUUUAGAAAAAGGAAAAGGAACUUCUCUUGUUGUGUUCACCUACUCCGUAAAGCUGGCGCGUGAAAUAAGGACGAGAAUUAUGUGGCAGUCGUGCAUUGACGACUAAGAAAUGUACAAAAAAGGCGUGAUGUGCGUGCAAAGUUGUUCUUUUGCUAAUCUAAACCUAUUGUUUUUUUUUUGCCGUUCUCGUUACUGUCGCCAUUGUUGUUGCUCAAUCUCAGCCCUAUUGUUGUCAUCCAGAAAUUUAGCUAUCUUGGUAACUUGACGUCACACUUCUCCUCUCUACUCUCUAAGUUGCUUAAAAUGUUGCCCAGGGGUAAUAAUGAAGCUGUUUUGAGGCAUGCUUCAUAAUACUAUCAGGGACCUUACAAUCUGACAAUGGUGACGCCAAUGAAAACUUUGCUGAAAAAUAGACUUCGCAUCCUUUAAAACUUUUCCACCCUUAUACCAAGUUACCCGGUUACUUAAAAGGAGGAAAGUUAGGUUUGAACUGAAAAGAGGGGACCGCAUCCGAGUUCAGAGAGAGAAAGUAAAAUUUAUCGCGCUGCCGUUCCCGUUCUCAAGUCAACUCAAAAUUUGGUCAUUUCACAUUGUAGUUGUGAAGGGACAGCAAAGAAUGUACAAAAAAACGUGAUGCACGUGCAGAGUUGUUGUUUUGCUCAUUAAAUUUAGUGUUUUUUGACUUUCCCGUUGCUGUCACCAUCGUAGUUUCAUAAGGUCCCUAUUAUCUUCAUCUCAGUACACUGUUCCCUUUAGCAAAUACAGUUGACCAAUGCAUGCUACUUUCUUGUAUAUGCCAGGUGAAAGUAGACGCAAAAACCAAGACAUACCUGGAUGAAUACAAAGCUGAGAAAAGAAAAGAAUUAAAAAAGGUAACAUCAUUAAAUUUUGCAGUGGUUUUUGGACAGCCCGGUUCACUGAACAUGUGGAAUUGAAGUAAUUUUUGUGUCCAUUCAUUAUGCAACUGUCACAUCACAAUCUAGUUUUUGUGCUAGUCAAUAAUACAUUGUACGACAAGUUACAACUGAGGGUGCUUUCCAUUUGUCAAAACUAGUGACUUGCCAGGCCAUUGCCAUUGUAAUGAGAACUUCACUUUUAAUCAAAGCUAUCCAGCCAAAUCAGUCAAAUUCUAAAUAACAUACACAAAGGAAAUUUUUGUUCAUCAAAAACUCUACGAAAAGGCCUAAUUUCAUUCUCAAAAUGACUGGUCCAGCCAUGGUCCGGUGGGCCAGUUCUGACUUUUGGAAAGUGCCCUGAGUUUAAGCCAAGUGGCCCACCAGGCCAGAGCUAAUCCCAUUUUCUAGAGUACGAAGUGACUAGGGGUACCUCUCUACUCCCUCCUGGUUGAGAUGUCAAUCCAUUGCUGGGUUACUGCAGCUUUAAAUUUGCCAGUAGGGACUGCUAGAAUAAAGUUUCUUGCACAAGAACACAAUAUCAUCAUCCCAGUAGGGCUGAAACCAGACCUCUUGAUCUGGAGUCCAAGAUCACUAGGCCACCAUGUCAAAUAAACUGGACAUCAUCAAGUCCCCGUCAAGACUACCCCCCACACAUGAUCAUAUUCAAACUACCUACGUGUAUGAGUUAGUGUUUGGAAUCAGCUGAGAUUCCAAAAUUGAGGAGUAGAAAUAAUUUGGAUUGAUCCACCCAACUGAUCAUUUUUUUAUUAUAAUUGUAAAUAUCUUUUUAUAAGAAUUCCAUUAAUUUUUCACCUUUGUGAAAGUCAAAGUGCCUGUAAUACAAAGUUUUUAUGUGCUUUUGGAUGAUUAAAUUCUAUUUCUUUUUUAAUUAUGGGACCAUUUAAAAGACAACACACAAGUUUUAAAUAUGUUUAUUUGCCAACCAAAAUAUUGGAAAAUAUAAAAAAAAUAUAAUAUUUUGUCUACAAUAAUCAAUUGAACAUUUUCCAUGAUCAAUUGUAGCAUUGCUUAAGGAUUUUGAUGAAUGAUUGCACACCACUAUUAUGAGUUAGUUGAUGUGUUCUAGAAUUACAUCAACAGUCCUAAAAGUGAAAGAUAAAAACAUAAACUAUUCUUAAAAGUUUUAACGUUUUUAAUCUUUGAGUCUGAAGUAGUUCUGUGUAACUUGACAGAAUGCUGAAGAUAAAAAGAAAGAAGAUGGUGAAGCUGAUGACGAUGAUGAUGAUGACAAUGACGAACUUGACGACUUAACAGCGGUGAGUGAUGUGUUAAGUUUUUGAAGUGGUUGUAGACAAAACGUUUUCUCAUAUGAACACUCCUGUAGCUGCAGCAAGGUUGCAGGUGCACUGUAUCUCUUCUUUUGUUUCCAGCAGCAAAUUGAUGUUAAUGAAAUAUACCCUGUGAUAUUGUUUGCCAAUGGUUGUACAUGUUGUAUGUUAAAAUUAAUAUUUUAAAGUGCAUUUUCUUUGUAGACUGAAGAUAAGCGAGUCAAGAAAGCUAUUGAGCAAAUUAUUCUAGAGCAUGCUGAUAUCCUAAGCAGGAAACUAGAAGGUACAUGCAUGUUUAAGUUUUGUAGAGGUGUACACCUAUGUUGUAGGCAAACUAAGUAAAGCACGAUUUUAUCGCUGAAAUUAACGCUAAAGUCAUGUUAUUGUUGGUUGCCCUUCUCCUCCUAGAAGCAACCACGAUGCAAAGUUGAAAAAAAGAAAGAAAGAAAGAAUGAAAGGAAGAAAGAAAAUAACAAAACCCAAUCUUACUGAGAAACAAAUAAUAUUUGCCUCAGGAGAUUGAUAGUACAUGUAAUAUUAUCAUUGAAAGUUGAAAGUAGCAACUUUGUGCCCUAAGUCAUUUAAGAUAUUUUUAACGAAGGUGGGGUGGGGCCACACCCUACCUAACCUAAAAACCUUUUAGCCAGUCAAUUACCUGCCUACUGAUUUACAUAUACAUGUACACUGUAGCCGUCAACUUGAAGUCGUACUGACAGCUCAGGGUUGAUGUUCAUUAUUUUUAUGAAUGAUGAUAAAGUUUAUUGUCUUAUUUCAGAUGAACCUUACAGGGCAACACAUAGUGGAUCUGAGGUGUGUACAGCUGUAUUUAGCUGCAGUUCACUGGCAGUCUCUUUUAAAAUAAAUAACCCUUUAGGUCGCAAGAGUGGCCAACACCAAUUUUCUCCUAACAACAUGAGCAGAUCAUCAAGAGUAAAGGUUAUGAGAAUUACUAAAUUGAUUACCAAAGGGAGAAUGCUUUGAUCGUAAAUCAAAUUCUCUCAACUAUUCUUAAAAGAAAUGAAUUGAGAUCAGUCUGGGGAAUUUGUAUGUGGAUCUUGGGGCUUAAAUGGUCAAUACAGUUGAACCUCCAUUAGCGCCCUCCUAUUAAGCCAGUAAUAUUGAAAGUCCUUAAAUAAUUAUUAUUAUGACAUGAGAAAUUUCGGCAAUUUGAUUGGCUUAGAGCAGUAGUACAUCAGCUUAAUUUGAAAUACCUACAUGUGAAAAUUACAAACCUUUUGCGGGUAGUAGUAUAAACAAAUAAUAGCAUGAAAGGUGGGGUUGAAAGCAUUCUCCUGCAGGAAAUUUCCUGGGUUUCUGAAUCCAUCAGACGGGAUAUUGGCCAAUUCCAUUCUCCUCAAAUGAAGCCUUGCAAAUUGGCAGAUUAUUUCGUCCCUCGAUUUCAACUUGGAGAGGUGUUUUUUUGUAUUAAAAAUAUAUUUAUUAUGAAAACUCUGACUGGUUUCCGUAAAAUGAAGAAAACUGGUGUGGGUCUGCGCCUGAGUGGGGUAUUUCAUUUAUAGUGGUAUGAAGUGACCUCACAUUUUGCAAAAUGAUUCCAGCAUUUCUUGAGAAGUAUAACAGACUUCAAGGGCAAGAGGAAUUUGUAAAGACUGGACAUUGCAGUGUCCUCCUACUGUAUAUAGGAUAUUAAUUUACUACUGGGGUUUGAAAUUCUUCUCUAUCCAACUCCUGCCUCUAAAGCCUUUCACUGCCAAGACUACCAAAACUCAGAAAACAUAAAGCAUUCUCGUUCAUGGGAAAUCUUAUUAGAGUACUGCCAAAAAGAAAAAUUAUGCUGAGGAAAGUUAUGCGAUUUUUCAAUGUUUCAAACAUUAUUAUCAAGAAUGAAAACCAUUGUUCAAAGAGUUGAAGUUUGAAUAAAUUGGAUUGUAUUCGUGCAUUCAAGCUUUUCUCUGUGUGUCUUCCUACAGCAAAACCUGGAAGGUUUGGAUAUGGAUACAGAGAAAAAGAGCUUAGUUUCCAGAGAGAUUCGCAGCUUCAGAGACACAUACAGGGUAAGUUUACUUUCCUUAGUACUCUGUAAUGAGUCUUUUUGUCUACACGUCAUAGUUCUCUGUCUGUGUGUUCAGACUUUAUUUUCGCAUCUUGAUAACAUGCAAACACUGGAGCUACUUCUCAACCAACAGUUUUAUGUUCUGAUACUCCACUGCAGUGAUGUUUCUGAAGGGGCAACAGUUUUGUUAUUGGGCUGUGAUUGACAGAUUUAUCCAUUUAUCCAUUAUGUCAGUUUGUACUGCCAGGGAUUCAGGGUUUAGGCCUUAACUGUGUUGACUACGUCAUAAGUAUGUGUUGGGUUUUACGUCUCCGUGUUUGCCUGUUACUGAAAGUGCGGCAAGAUUUCAUGGCUCUAUGUGAACUUGAUGUUUUAAGUAAGAAGGAGAACACUUUUUGAUGUAUGGAAUAAUCCGUAAAGGUUAAUCAGAGUUACUUAUUAUUGACACAUAAAACAGUUUAUUGAUGAGUUGGUGAGAUUUGGGGAUUUCAUCUGCAUUUUGUGCUUCUAGGAUGAUGUAUGUCGGUAAGUAAUGAUAUUAAGUCCUUUUGAUGGCCUUGUGUUAUACAGUCUAAUAAUACUUGAACUGAUUUGCAGUGGUGAGAUGCGGUCAUUGAUUUCAUAGAUUACAUAUAGCUGAUCUAAAACUGUAGGCUGCAAUAGUGACCUAGUGAAUGCAGGAAAAAGAGAAUUGCAUUAUCUGUAUAGGUUAUAGCAUGAUUUGUGGUGAUAUUUGGCAUAAAUACCACGAGUGAUAUUUCAAAAUUGUUAUACGUAAUUUCACGAGCCGUUAGGCGAGUGAAAUUUGAGACAAUUUUGAAAUAUCACGAGUGGUAUUUAUGCCAAAUAUCAGGUACAAAUAAUGCUAUUAUUUGUUUAUACUACUACCUGCAAAAGGUUUGUAAUUUUCAGAUGUAGGUAUUUCAAAUUAAGCUGAAAUACCAGUGCUCUAAACCAAUCAAGUUGCAGAAAUUUCUCAUGUAGUAGUAUAUUGGGCUUAACUGGACUGGUGUUUGGGCUCUUUCUUGGUGUUGCAGAGAUCACUGUUAGUUCGCUUUUGUGUUGUGGUUGUGGGUAUGGUUCUGUGUCUUCUUAAAAAUCAUUGAUUUGGUGAUUGCACCUGUCCGCGUGCAACACCAAGAAACUACCAAUACAGUGAAACCUCUAUUAUGCGGACCCCCAAUUAAGCGGACACCGUCUAUUAACCGGACCCCCAAUUAAGCGGACACUAAGCCGGGUCUCGAAAUUAACGUCUUAUAUUUCCCUUUAUAACGAACCCCUAUUCAGGGGACACCUCUAUUAAGCGGACGCGGACACUAAAUAAGUUGUAUUUGGCUAAUUUCUAUUGUUAAAAACCUCUAUUAAGCGGACAACGUACUGAAUUGACAAUAGUAGUAUUGGAAUGCGUCCUUGAAAUACGUACUGAAGUCUGUUAAUGUUUUUGCAUUUACAAACAAAUGAAAGUUGGUAAUGAAAGGUAAUGAACUUGAACGCUGGAUAGCUUCUUUAACAACAUGCAACUUUAUCACAGUACAGAGUAACCGUUGAAUGUUGAUCGUUAACAAACAUUGCGCAAUUUUUACAACCCUUAGGUGUCCGCUUAAUAGAGGUUUCACUGUAUUUGGGAAAAGAUGAUUCUCUAUUUUCGAAUGCCUCAUAGUACACUCUCUUAGCCCCCCCCCCCCCCCCCCCCCCAUCAAAUUUUGCAUAAACAGUCGUUUUCAAAUCCUCCAUUCCCAAGAGCAUUCGCAUACAAUAAAAAAAAUUUGGGGGCAAGCAGAGUGCAUUGUGGGCGGGUUCCAAAAUAGUCACUAGGACACUUAAGCACCAGAUGUUCUUGAAGAACGUCUUGACAUUGCUACGAAGGAAACAUGAUUUCAGAUGAAGCUUUCAUUUUGCAAAAAUACUUUUGAAGAACCCAGUUUGGCGGUUUCAACCUGGAACCAAAGUCCGCUCAAGAACGUCUUGACAUGCGCAGUGGCUGUCAUUCUGCAAAAAUACUUCCGGUUGGCGUCGGUGGAACCAAGAACGUCUGGUGCUUAAGUUCCCUGAUAGCCGUAAAGAACAACUGAUGGGGGGGAGGGGGGGGAGGGGGGAUAUCUUCUCUUUCCCUUGAAGAGAGGGCUGUUUGUGUUCUUAAAAUCUAGGUGAGACGUCUAUAUUUGUUGAAUGUAUACGGCAAUGGUUUUUACCACAGUGAAGAAGUACAUGUAGUUGAAAAUAAUAAUAGACACUUUAUAGUCAAGUCGCUUAAGGUCAUCCCUCCCAUGCAACUGUGGCUUGCCCUACAUGCCUACCUAGUUUUUCCCUUCUGCCCAUAUCCCAAUUUCACCCCGAAUGACAAAGCUCUGAAAAAUCUUAAAGCUCCGACGACUUGACACAGUUACCAAAUCUAAACUUAGUGAGAAGGUCUACCUCUUCAUAAAAGUCGCGCUGCGUUUGAUUGGCUGUGUUCUGAAUUGCUGGUGAAUUGUACAUAAUUAUGUAACAUCCGAAACCGUGGCUGUUGAAGGCAAAAUAGUUAGAAUUCAUUACGGUUGAGAACGAAAAGAAAGUGUUUAGCAGCAAUCUGAUUUUGCAGAACAAGACCAAUCGAACGCAGAACCAAUUGCCAAUUAAACCUUUAAUUUCCAAGAGUGACCAGCAUCAAAUUUCUCCCAACAAUAUCAGUACAUCAUCAAAAGAAAAGGUUAUGAGAAUUAAGAAAAUGAUCACUAAAGAGCAAAUGUUUUGAUCUUUUAUCCAAUUCUCUCAGCUAAUUCUUGAAAGAAAUGUAUGGAGGUUGGUCUGGAGAAUUUGUUUGUGAGAUUGGGGCUUAAAGGAUUAAAGGCCGAUACACACAAGGGGUUUUGCUCCUGGAGCAUGCUCCAGGGGCACGCUCCGGGAGUAAAGCUCCUCCGUGUGUACCAACGAUUUCAUGGGUAUACUUCAUCCUCGGGAGCAGAAUUUCCACCCCGCAAAAUGCUCCACGAUAUUUAACCGGUUAAAUAUUUGGGAGCAAAUUGAGCGAACUUAAAAACGCUCCCUCGAGUGUACUGACACGUGCAAAAUGAGCCUGGAGCAUGCUCCGGGAGCAAAACCCCUCCUGUGUAUCGGCCUUAAAACAGUUAGUAGGGUUCCUUACUAUAGAGUGGGCUAAAUGAAUACAUCGCUCGAAAAUCCUUCGUUACAGGCCAUCAACACACCCCCUGUCUACUAAUGAGCUUUCAGAAUUUGACAGUAGCACUGAAAGUGUGUUAAGGCACCCUUGUUUCACAUUUGUACGUAAGUGCAUUUGCAUUUUAAAACUUCGUUUAUGGAAUAACUAAUUGUCACCAAAAAGAAACCCUUGAAGCUCAUAUAACCGGAACAAGGUUCGGAUUUCAGCACUACGGUGAGUUUGGAUACCUGUUGAACCUAUCUGUGAAUCAAUUCAGUGUGUUUUGUUGAUUUGUACGUAUUGUGUGUGAUGUGAGCCGUGUCAGUACAUGUUUUCUGCAACACACAGUUGUUCUUCUUCCAUUGCACAGGUUCAAGGCAGGACGAAGUCGCAGAAAUUGCUAAAUCUGGAUAAAGGUCUCGCCGCUUGAGGUUCUGAGAGUCGUUUGCAUGUGUUAGUGACUCUUUGAAUAGGCUUUCUCGUACUAAUGAUUUGACAGUCGCGUUUUGUUUCAGACACAGGAGAAGAUGCAGGGUAUUGACUGAUACCUGUAGGAAAUUGCAAGGAUUUACUGCGCUGUCAAAACAGCAUCUCUGUGGGAUGCCAACAGUACUCAGCAUAUCUGUGUUUUCUGUUUAUAUUUUGCAGAAAGAGGACAAGAAAAAAGAAGAAGAAAGAUCAGAGAGAAAAGAAAGAGACCGGGACAGAGAUAAGGAAAAAGACAGGGAGCGCGACAGAGAAAAGGAGCGCGAACGGGAACGUGAAAGAGAAAGAGAGAGGAAACGAGAGCGUGAAGAACGUGAACGACGAGAAAAAGAUCGGGACCGUGACCGUGACCGUGACCGUGACGAACGCGAUCGAGAUCGUGAUCGUGAUCGGGAUAGAGAUCGGGAUCGUGAUAAAGCAAGAGAGAAGGACCGAGAUUCCGAUCGUGACCGAGAGAAAGAGCGUGAUUAUGAUGAAGAUGAAGAAGCGGACAGAAGAAGGCGUGAAAGGAAACAGAGGGAGAAGGACGCAGCCUACCAAGAGGUACGCAUUUCUACUAACUACGGGGUGGGAGGGGGUUUACUUUUUGUGUUUAAGGAGACGGGAGUAGGGCGCAAAAGUUAGAAAAUAGAUGGAAUUGUCUCAACAGUUUUGUCCGGGGUUGUAGAAGUUUAUAAUACUUAUAGUCGAAUAUUUCAGAAAAUAAACAGAAUGUUUGAAGCCUGUUGAGUGGUCGAACCAACCCGGUUCUGUUGAUGUCGUGCUUCUCAAGACAAUCCGCUUGUUGCUGCCAGUGCCCGAGAUUAGCAGUUGUCACUGACUGAUGCACACUGCCUGAUGAAAGCAUCAGUCGAUCACUAAAGUUCUUAAAACAACCCCGCUGAUUACUUUUUCCAGCUCGGUUCAACAAACGGAUCGAUUUGUUGAUCUAUACAAACACUAAAAAAACUCGCAUUUAGACCCUUUUAAAGUGCCUAAGUUUUGAGGAUCUUGAUGGUGAUUUUUUUGAGGUCGAUUAAACUGAAAGUCGGUCAAAAUCUUCCGUAAAAUUCCGAAAAUAAGCCCCGGGGCUUAUAUUUUUCAAAGGCCCUUUUUGAGGGGCUUAUAUUCGGAGGGGCUUAUCUACUGAGAGAAAUUUGUGUUUCAAAAUCGAUUGGACUAGCCUCCUAGUUUAAAGUAAAUUUGCCGUUUUUGCUUUGUUUUACUUUGUAUUUGAGGGAAAUUUUCCAAGUACAAGCCCCCGGGGGCUUAUAUUUGGAGGGGCGAUUGAACGGAGGGUUUUUUGCGUUACCGGUUUGGGGGGCUUAUAUUUGGAGGGGCUGAUACAUGAGGGGCUUAUUUUCGGAAUUCUACGGUAUUUUAUUAACUGAUAACAUAGGGCUUUAAUAGUCUGUUGUAGCCUGCUUAGCUGUCGGGUCGGGACUAGCGGGCGAGCACUGUUGUUUUUUAGGCGGCGCAGCCGUGAGAAGAUUGGGUGCAAGUCAACUACCCCGCGCAUAACAAUCCCGCCGGCUACGCAGGCUAAGUCUGUUCCUUUUUUAUCUAGCGUUUGAAAAACUGGGAAGGAAGAGAGAGAAAAAGAGGUCGUGAAUAUGAACGAGAAAUGGAGAAAGAAGGAGAAAAGAAAGAUGAACAGGUAUGUUAGGAACCGUUUUGCAAGGUUUGUACACCAAAACACUUCCAAGAUAUCUAUAAUCCGCGUCGCAGAGUGCGCAUGAUCCCACUUUGCUCCUCCCCUGCUCUGCAUCGCAUAGCAUAGCGUGCAUACUUCAUCAUGCGGCUUCUACCAAAUAACCUAGGGUACAAGACAAGGUCCCACCGGUAGAACUGUGCUCAUUUAUUUAUAUAAUUGAUUAGUUAAUUAAUUAUUUUUACUUGACGACGCUGAAUUUGGAACACAUAAUUUUGACUUCGGGCACUGUGAAGGCGUAACGCAUGCUCGCUCUACUGGAUUGGUAUACUCGCGGGAUAGUAUCAAGACGUAGCCCAACUUUUGAGCGUGAUCAUUAUGUGGCUAUUCAAUUGAAAGCCACACAUGGUAUUUGCUUCGUUACAUUGUGAUGAUUUAAUGAAAAGUUACAUUACCGGUCUAUCCUGCAGUAUUCGACGUAAAAUUCCUUUCAGUGACCAAGGUUUUCAAUUUGUCGCCUUAAAUUUCUUCCAGGCACGGGAGAGAAAACAUUUGCUGGAAUUUCUUGAGGACUACGAUGAUGAUAAAGAUGAUCCUAAAUACUACAAGUAGGUAGUCAUGCACUUAAGCGAAAGCCCAUUCUCUUGUCAAGAAACGGUCUGUUAUAAGACAGUGCCCUAUCUUGAGUACUGAUACGUCGAAAAGACUGUAGGUGAUCCUAGCCUGUUCCAGGCUCUUAGAUAGUAGGGAUGACGCGUAAGUAAAGGGCACGCGGAAAUAAUUAUGAGCGCGUGAUCUGGGAAAAGGGAGCCCUUCCUUUCCACAAUUUCCUCCCUUUUAGUUAUUUUCGUGUUCGCGCUUUCUCAAUUUCCCAAAUACGACUAUCUUGUAGCCUGGAACUGGCCAAGGUGACAUAACAAACUUGAAAAGGCGUGACUUUUGAAAACUGCUUUGUGCCUCGCGGGGAGGAAUUGCGCGCGGACGAUCAACGAUAUGUCGGCCGUAAAAAACACUGGAAAGGUUUCUAGUCACCAUAGUAUUAUUUAUCUAAAGUGGCAUGUCACGUACUCGUAGACAACGUAAACGUAGAAGUUGAACCUCGCUCAACUCUUACAUUUACGCGCGACCUUUCAUACUUUUGCUCUAUUGUAUUUACGCGCGUAAACAUUUCGCGACGGUGGAAAUCUACCCUAAAGGGGGUUAUUAUUGUAUUGCCUUAAGAUUGCCGUGAAAGUAGUCCUGGACUGUCAGUGUUUGUCUGCAUUAGUUUCACCGUUGUAGUCCUCAUGAAAACUAUAAAACAACGGACAGCCUGCAUUGCUGGGAAAAUUUUGACGAGAGUGCUUUCUGUCUAUGAGCGAUGGAACUUUCGCCAGUGGCAAAGAAAGUCCACUCCUGCGCAUUAGGGAGCUUAAGCAGCGACGUUUUUGAGCCACGCACGUCAACCGGAAGUGAGGUAUUUUCCCUCUUAACAUGCCUUGAUGAUAUAAAAUUUGUAUUCCUUAGCUUCUUUACUGUUAUAGAGGCGAUUUGACUGAAAAUUUGCGCGAAACCACCGUCAAAAAAUGAAAAAAGGCCACUUCCGGUUGACGUGCGUCGCUCAAAAACGUUGUUGCUUAAGCUCCCUAUUCUCCUCGCGUCUUCGCUGCGGCCAAAACAGUAGCACUAGUUGUUGAAAGGACUCGCUCGCGAACUCUAGUAACUAGUUGUCUAUUAGAUGGAUAUCGUGAGAAAAAAGGGGGAAGGUGGUAAGUUAAACGCUGAUAAUUUCAAAUAAGACUCCGACGUUUCGGCAAUGCUGCCUUCAUCAGGGAAAAUAUGUGAGUUCGUUAUAGCGGAAAAUUUGAAAAUGCGCGCGUAAAUACAAGCGAGUGUGCGCGCGCAAGUCACCCGAAAGAGAAAUCUUGAUUGAAUUCACCCGGCUCGAGGGUGCCAAAAUUAUGAAUAAAGCGAUAAGCGUUAAGCGAUAAGCGAUAUCGUGAGAAGUCACGCGCGAGUGGCACCCGAAAGGAGACGCGAGAGUUAGGGGCGGCUUUGUCGCUCGCUCGCUCGCUUGCGCGUUCUCCCGCGGCUCCAUUCGUUCGUCACUUGAAAUAGAGAGCUUGUUGGUAGGCUUUGUGAAAUCCAGACAGUCGCAUAGCUUAGCACCAGCUAAUAAUUCCUAUUUGAUUGCAAAGGGGAAGCGCUUUGCAGAGACGACGACGUGAAAGAGAAAUGGAGAUAGAAUCAGACGAAAGAGACAGACAACGCGAAAUGGAGGAGAUAGAGGAAAUACGGAAAAGAAUAGUUGAUCAGACUGAAGAAAUGGAAGAACAGGUUUGUCGUGAUCAGCAUGAAAACGAUAGAGCGAUUUUCGUAUGACCUUGAAAAAUGGAUUCGGUAAGUGUUCGUUAGAUGAUUUAUCAGCCAAUGGAUGAAAAGAUCAAAACAUGGCUUCUUCGUUUUCCCGCCAAAAAAACCCUAAUAUGGAGAACGUAAUGUUCGAUUGGCCAAUCGUGUUGCAGCAUGACGUCAAAGUGAAGUAUCGGUUGAUUUCAAGAAAGUUCUCAGGAAUGAAGUUUUUUCACCCGAGCGUUCGCUUAACCAACCAAAAGCCACACGCGUUUGUAUCCGUUCGAUAAACCAAUCAAAUCGCACUAUUUCCGUUCGUUUGUUGUUUCUGUUUUGUUCGCGCGUUUUCAUUUCAAGGUCAAACGAAAAUCGCUCUAUUAGAGCCCAGAGUCUAAGUCCUCUAUGUAAGAGUUUUCAGUUUUCAGUCCUGGUUCGAUCUCGGUUCCAGGCUCUACUAUAUCCUUUGGCAAGCUGGUGAGGAGGUCAUUCACCCCUGAAAAAUCUGCGGAGACUCCAGUUUAAUGCACCAAGAUUCACUCAACGACGGUUGAGCCAUAAGAUCUCUCUCCAAUCUGUGCUAGGAGUCCAUUCUUCUAGGUUGAAUGCAAAAAUGAAAGUGUAGAUCAAAUCCUCUGUGCUGAAGGUCUACCGUAAUAAGGGCAAAGCCCCACGGAGCGUGCAAAAGAAUGUCCUUUUUUCAUUCCAUGUCUUAUUCCUUUUACGGGUCAAGAUGACCUCAACAGAUUGGUAUUCAACAAGUGCAAGGGUCUUCAUACCUUAGUUGGUAGAGCUACUGCAGCACUUAUGCGUAGACCAUGGUUCGAAUCCCGCUUAAGUCCCCAUUUUUUUUUUGUGGGGGAGGUGGGAGGGGGGUUACGCCGUUCUAUAUCAUCUUCAAUCAAAGGUCUGUUAUGUCUGUUGUUGUUGUUUAGCGUUGUCGCUGUUUUUCAGGAUCUUGUUAACGGGAGUCAUCUUAUUGGCUUUUUUCUUUGAUUUUGCAGGAAAAUAAAGAUAGCGAAAAGGAGGAGGAAAGGCCGGCUGUUUUACAACCAACGUUUAAACCAGCAGUUAUAGCGCAGCCUCAGGUGAGUAACGAACAGCGGUAAAAAUGAAGGUGCAUUACGAUCGUUGUAAAUUUUAGUUUUGUUCGUGUACUGCUUAACAACUAUUAAUAACCAAAGGUUACGGAUUGCCGGCGACAACGAUCGAAUGUCAAAACGCUUUUCUUCCAUCUUUGUGCUUUGUGUAUGUUUCACGUGACAGAUAGUCAAAACACGUGUGAUCAGGUUACGAGUUAUAGAAAGUCCAAACGCGCGUGAUUAAGGUGCGUUCUGUGCAUUCCAUUCACUCUUAGGGUUGAUUUCCACUGUAGCGUAAUUUUUCCGUGCGAACGCACGUAAAAUUUACGCGCGUAAGUGAAAUAGAGGCAAUGAAUGAAAGGCCCGCGUAAAAGGGAAAUUGAGCAAGGUUCAACUUUUACGUUUGCGCGUGACUUUCCAUACAUUGCCUCAAUUUUAUUUACGCGCGUAAAAAUUUACAUGCGUUCACACGUAAAAAUUACGCGAUACUGGAAAUCCACCCUAAAUGGAAGUCCAAACGAAUUCUGGUUACAAACAUGCGACGCAUGCGUACUAAAAACGUGAAGAUUAGGAUUGCUGGCUCCUGUUGUCGCCCGAAAAAAAAGGGAAACAACAACAGGCAUUUUCCGCAUUCCGCUCCAGUGAGCUUGGGUGGACAAUUUGAUACAAAUCACUGCAUUUUGCCCACCCAAGCCUCGAGUUGGUGCCUUUGUUUACAGGAAUACCGGAAAGUUCAGGCCCUAAUGAGCCGUACAUUCCCUGCAACAUUUUGAGUUUUUAAAACCUCUUAAAGAAGACGGAUAGCAAAUUGGGCUCAGGGGGCGAAUAGUGCAGUACCUUGUUAAUGGAGUUGAUCGGCUUUUUCUUCAAAACUCUGCAGCAGCAGUUUUUGCGUGGGUAAAGGCAAAAGGAAGUGAUGUCAGUAGAGUACUACUGUGCGAACGUCACUACGGUACUGAGUUGGGAGCUUAAGCAAAUACGUUUUUGAGCGAUGCACGUCAACCGGAAGUGAGCCCUUCUCCCUUUUCAUAUUCCUUGACGCUAACAAAUUUGUAUUGCUAAGUUCUUUUCUCUUUUAAAGACGAUUUACCCAAGAGUUUCGACCAAACCACUGAGCAUUGAUGCAAAAAGUCCACUUCCGGUUGACGUCCGUCGCUCAAAAGACUGUUGCUUAAGCUGUUUACAACAAUAUCGUCGUGACAUAACCCCUUUAAAAUAGUUAUUUCCUAACUUCAGUCUUGUUCUUUAGUACGUUUCGUCCUCUCCGGUGUGGCCUUUUAGUAAAAUGUGAUUGGCCAGUUGCUACGGGCGCUUCCGCGCUGUUUACAGAUGUUUAAGGUGAGUUAAGAUUGGAAUGGCAACGUAUUUCAAUUUUUCUUUUUGUUUUUCAGUUUGUUCCUCAGGUGGAAGCAGCUCCCGUAUCAAGCUGGUCACCAAGUCCCAGGUCAACAGACUCGUCGCCAGUCUCGGUCGGUAUGAAAAGAGUGCGUGAGAAUGGUCAAGAGCCUGAAGUGGAAAUGGAACCUGCACCUAAGAAAGCUUUUGGAUUCGAGAUGAAGUUGAGCAGCAACUUGGUGAGUACAAUAACACAUCCUUGGCGCGUGGCGUUUUGCCGUUUAGUAUACCAACUUUUCUUCGACUAAAUCACUCGGAGUCAGAAGCGCAGCGCAUCAUAAUCUGGUGGAAAAAGCUCCUAAAACCCCUUACGAAGAUAUAUAACCCCAUUGCUUGUAGGCGGUAGUUUACGCACUGGAUCGGAAGCGGUAGAUUUAUAAGCGGAGUUGGAAGAAAAUGAAAACAUAUUUAUUCUUCAAUCUUGCGUCUCCGAUUCCAUCAAGCCUAUGAUGCCGCUUACGAACCCGAGUUUUAACUAUAGACAGGUCUUUUGCCUUAACCAGUCGGUAGUCAGUUGACCAUUAAAUUAACAGCCGUAUUUGAUUUUUUUUUUCGGCAGCCCUCUGCUGCGAACCAGGCGAGCCGUAAGAAACUGGAGUCCGUGUUCAGCGCAGGUGAUGAUGACGACGCAGCAGGCGCGGCUCCAAAGCGGAAAUUGGUCAAACUGGACGAGGAGGACGUAUCUAAGGCGGAGAGUGAAGAGGCUGAAGAUAAGAAACGGAUUAUUAAGUCGCUUAUAGAACGUAUACCUACUGCUAAAGAUGAACUGUUUGCUUAUAGCUUGGACUGGAGUAUUGUGGACCAGGUAUGUUCUCGUGUGACGGUUGUGUCGCUAUUUGUUAAGGCUGCUUUCUGUUUCAGAGAUCCGCGGCAGGACGGGAAACUAACGAAUUCGGAUUGCUGGUCAUGUAAGAAUACAGCAACUUGCAAAUGUUCUGUAGCUAUCUGUAGUAGGCAUCUUCCCCUUUAUAGUGGUGAUUCUUAAAUCACUAAUAAGAGCGUUAGGUGGCUUUUUCGUGACUGAAUUUGUGGUCUUCAAGUCGCUUUGUCUCACUCGUGAUCUCACUGGACACUCGGAUCAUCAUACUACGUAAGUACAGAUUAUAUACGAUAACAAAUAUGCAGUCUUAGUCCACCCCAGACCUCUCUCUGUUGCUCGUGUCCACAUGGAUUGGGUAAUACCAUGGGUAGAUUAGAUUUAAGUGUUAGUUACCUUAGUAACAAUAACAUUGUAACAGAGGUCUGGGCAUAAGGCUGUCCCGAUGUGUUAAGUUAACAUUCUGACCGGUGUCCAUUUAAUUCGUUUUUAGGGGCUUGUAGAUCGCAGAAUACGCCCAUGGGUCAACAAGAAAAUAAUAGAGUACAUUGGUGAAGAGGAAUUGACAUUAACAGACUUUAUUUGUAGCAAGGUAAGUCCACACUGCGUUAGCUUGUUAGCCUGCGAAAACAGCUGACAUCAUUCGUCUUAUGAAUGAGUGUAGAAAUUCCUUACUGAUGAGGCGGUACUACCUACAAUCGGCGACACAAUUAGCUGAGACACUUCGCUCUAAAAGGACUUUCAAUUGACGCUUUACUGACUUCCAGAGAAAAUAAAGCUUUUCCUCCCCCAUCCCCCCAUGUUGUGCCGCUGUUCGAGCUACCUAUAGAAAACAACAAACACCCCAACUUUGAAUGAAGGGGAGGGGGGAGGGGUGUGGAUUUUUUGUUCUCUGUAGUUGUCCUAUUUGAGUACAAUGUCUCAACAAUUUUGGCGCCGAUUGUAGAUUUGCGUAGUGCUUCUGAUUGGAUGAAGUAAAUGUUUAACCAAUCAAGCACUAGUUGCACUACCCAGAUCUAGGCAGUGACGCGUCAUCUCUAUAGAAUUUCACGGGGAAUCGAGUGGUGGCGUCCCGAAAGAUUGGAAGGUUUUUCAGGCCAUUGGCUUGUUAAUCUGAUGCAUUUUUGACAUCUUAUCGCGCUGUGAAGCUUUUUUACAAUCUUAUUUGUUGUCGAGCGGACAGUUCGGAGAUUAAGAAAUAAAGUAAUUUCCCUUAAAAAUGAUCUAUUUCCAGGUUCCCGCUUGCCUCUCAAAUCUUCGCCAGAUGCACAGCCACUUCGGAUGAAAACUGAAUUUAUAUAUAUAUAUUUUUUUGCACGGGAAUAUAAUUUUGAUCUGAAGAGAUUAGAGGAAAUUCCGAAAUAGGUCAAGGCUUUUGAUUAACGUGUUCAUGAUACUGUGACCUUAUUCUUGUUUUGUUAUAUCUCGUUUCCAGGUCAUUGCUAGAAGUACGCCAAAACAUAUCCUUGAUGAUGUCUCCAUGGUAUGUGAAGUUUUUCUAUGAUAAGAUCGUUCCAGUUAGUCUUUGUACUAGAGUUAGUCAUACGACUUCUCGCUAGCCUUUUUGCCUACAACAAAACUGUACGCAGUUUACUUAGGUCUAUUUAAUCCUGGAAAAUCGUUGAUUCCUCGCAUUGACUUUGCGGAGAACUAUGAGAAACUGUAAGAAUUUUUUUGUUUUAGUAGAUAACAUUUUUUUGGGGGGGGGGGGGAAGGGGUAACGACAUUUUUAGAAAAUAAUGCUUUUUCCUAAUUUCUAUUGGCGAACGAACACAACUUCGCAACUUAUUUUCAGUCAGCUAACAGGCAACACUUCUAUGUUCGUUCCAGGUUUUAGAUGAGGAAGCCGAGGUUUUUGUGGUGAAGAUGUGGCGUCUUCUGAUCUACGAAACAGAGGCAAAGAAGCUGGGGUUGGUGAAGUGAUCGUUUUACAGUAAAUAGAAUCUAUCUUGGCGGCCCUUUCACUGUUAAGAGACCCCAAAGCAAUAACAGGCGGUCAGACAAAAAGUUCACGUAAAAGCAUAGGAUAGCGGUCGUUUAAGUGACGAUACCGCGGAAUUUUCAAAUGACCUAGCGUCUGCUUUGACUCUAAGAGUCAAAGGGCCGGUAUCUGCCUUUUUAGCACUUAUCGUUAGGGAAAUAUUUUGAUUUCAUGCGGUUUUCGAUCGAGUAUGGUAAUACAGAAACUUUGAAACGAACCAGUCAUAAUUACCGUAACAGCUUAUGCUAUGCUUAGCCACGCUAAGCGCUUGAAAACGCGUGCGAACGUCUAGUGUUUACCACUGAUUGGUUUAGAAAGUGAAUUUUUUCAUCCAAUCAAAACCGGUUGCAUUUUGCAUUACAAAACCAUUUUUUAGGCACAUGAACAGUGGCCUUUUAGAGUCCUGUAAUUAUUCUCUUUCCCAUGAAAAUCAAAUUCAGUCCUUUCAUCAAGACAGGUAUAUAGUGCACAGUUUGUCAACGUUGUCCACUAUUUUAAUUAUUUAAUUACAAAUUAAGGACCUCUCGCGUGAAACUUGACUUAAGCUCAUCCUUCUCUAGGAGCGUUCGUGAACCAAGUGUGUUUGCUUUCAAAAUACGUUUGUUUCGCAAAAUAACUGUUUUAGGCUGAGCCUAGAGUCUUGAAAUGCAAUACAGUUGACUGAAUAGUAAUAUAACAACAAUGUGAUUUUAUUUUGUCAAAAUCUAUGUCGGCUACCACAAGGUAUUCAUUUCUUUUUUUGCAAGCGUUCUCUCAAAUUCCACCACCAAAACCACUAGGACACGUUAUAAGGGUUAUACAACGUAGUGUUCGUUUUAUGCCUACCAGUGGCGCUCUAUACUGAUGAGUGACUGAACCUUACGUUGUGUAUAGCUCAUAAAGUGUUCACGGUGGUUGUUUCGAUCCAGGUAACCUCCUACCCACCCUUUAAGGAUUUUCACGCAUUCUUUCUGUGUUAAGAAGGAUUGCGUACAAGCCCUUGAAACGUCUAGGUUUUCUCUGCACUGAUGCCAUAGGGCCCUUUACUCUCUACCCGUCUGACUAUGUGGAUUCUUUGAAAGGUCCUGUGAACUUUGUAGCUUUCUUUUCCUUCAUAACUUAGCCUUUGCCAUUUUGCAAAUUGUUGAAGUGUCUGUAAAUAAUUUGCUAGUGAGUACUUUUUCUGACGAGAUCUCAUUAAAAGUCUUGCAAAAGUU